AAUUUUGCUUCCCCUUUCCAAUCGAGUCGCCAUCGCUCCGGGCGAGAGGAAGGGGGCGGGUGGUGCGCGCGCGCUCUCCCUCGAUCGCCGGCUUCUCUUCGCUUUCUCGGCUAAUAUGCUGGAGACCGACCCUGAGAACGCCAAGCGGUUCGCACCUCCUCCUUCCAGGAAUCGAUCCCUCAAUCGGCGCAAGUCUGGAGAUAGAUAUGAUAAACCUAAUUACUCACAGGCAUCUGAAGCUGAAAGGAAUCAUGCAUCUUAUCCUAGGAACUUUACUGCAGUAGAGCGCGGAGAGAUCCCCAUCAGUAAUAUUGCAAAUGAAAACACUCGUUCUAAGUUAAUACCUCUAGAAAGGUGUUCAUCCAGUGAAGCUGUGCAAUUUUUAGCUGAACAAAAGCCAGUUGUGUACUCGGGAGCCAGUGGAUCGUCCUGGGUUCACUCCAAGCUUCCCCAACAGAUGGACUUUCUUGGAGAAUUACAACGCAAGAUCCAAAGAACUAAUACUAGUGCGUGAUCUGUCACCGGGAAUUUUAUUUUCAAAGAACCUCAUUUGAAUUAGUGUCAUGAAACUGCGACAUAGAAUUUGUAUGGAAUUAUGCUCGUAUGCAUACUAAACCUAAUUCAGGUUAUUUUCAUAGAACUAGAUGGAGAUGAGCGUUGCAAUGCCCUUCGAUGUUGUCACACGCUUGGCUUGCCUGCAGUCAAUAUGGAAUGAUCCUAUUGCGUUUCCGAUUUGUUAUACUGUUGCUACUCGUUGUAAUAGGAGCUUUAUUGAAAAUUUAAGAUGUCCCGGUGUUCUGGUUGUUGA